AGUAAACACCGAGUUGUUGUCAAGCAGCUGAGUUCCUCUGGCUCAACAAUGACACGCGCUUAGAGGGGCUCUAAAUCCACGCUGCGUGUCAUGCCCGGUCCGGAAUAGUGGAAGUAUCGUUUGAUACCCAAAGGAACGAGAUUCUUUUCGACUUUCCUCCGGUCCGAUCACUGAAACAAGUUGUGAAUGAGUGACGUGGUGCCCACAGCUCUCACUGAAGUCCAGCUCCGUUUUCUUUGCCACAAUGACAUAGAGAGUGUCAAGCAGCUCUGUAGUGAUUGGUUCCCAAUUGAGUACCCAGACUCAUGGUAUCAAGAUAUCACCUCCAACAAAAAGUUCUUCUCCCUCGCUGCCACCUUCAGAGGAGGCAUCGUGGGAAUGAUUGUGGCUGAGAUCAAAAGCCGUACCAAAGUACAUAAAGAGGAUGGAGACAUCCUGGCCUCCAGUUUUCCUGUGGACACACAGGUAGCUUACAUCCUGAGCCUGGGAGUGGUCAAAGAUUUCAGGAAACAUGGCAUAGGCUCCCUGCUGCUGGACAGUCUGAAGGAGCACAUCUCCACCACGGCCCAGGACCACUGUAAGGCCAUCUACCUGCACGUCCUCACCACCAACAGCACUGCCAUCCACUUCUAUGAGAACAGGGACUUCCGGCAGCACCACUACCUGCCCUACUACUACUCCAUACGGGGCGUCCUCAAAGAUGGAUUCACAUACGUGCUCUACAUUAACGGGGGUCACCCACCCUGGACAAUAUUUGACUAUAUCCAGCAUAUUGGUUCAGCUCUGGCCAGCCUGAGCCCGUGCUCCCUCCCCCAGAGACUGUACCGCCAGGCCCAGUCGCUGCUGCGCUCCUUCCUCCCCUGGUCCAACAUCGCCUCCAAGACGGGGAUACAGUACAGCAGAACCAUGUGACGCGCCGUGCUGAAGAGGCUCAGUUUUAGGAUCCUUGCCAGUCUUCCCAUGUACGCGAGCACUCACCCCCCUCCCCUCAUCCUGCGUGCAACAACGGAUCCAGGUUCCACCUGCGCCUCACUGUUCAUACACCACAAUCUUUCUUUAUACAAUACACACAUCGUGCACCAUCGGCGCAGACUUUGGGUUUGUAGCUCGAGAUCUGUGCACGUUGAUAUAUACAGGGUUGUUGCACCGCAGCGCAGGCAAAACUGCAAUGUAGUAUUUAUAUUUGUAGACAGUGAUUUAAGAAAAACCAUCUGAUUUUUCUAGCUCUCCAUCCCCGACACCCGCCCACAUUUGUAUAAAACACUAUCUCGUACGUACGUACGUACGCCACCUGCAGCCGGGACCCGGCGGCGCCACAGCCCAGUCUCGUCAGACUUGUUUUAAAGACGGACGGACGGACAGACGCACGGACCGCCGGGGAACCCGGUUCCCACACGUUGACCCACAGACACAAAAGCGAAGCACAGAUUGUAGUUUUAGCGUGACAGUAAACGCACGCAUCAGCAACAGUACGAGGACUAAACCGGAUUCCUGUCCCUCCCUCUCACCCACCGUCACAGACUAUGUAUUCUAUUUGUAUGUUAUAUAUUCCAAGCUAAUAUAUACAUUUAUUUCCACGUGUGUGUGCUGUUCGUAGUCCUAGCUGGAGGGUAGUCCAUACUCGUCCCCUUUUUUAGCAUAGAGAGAAUCAAGAGUCGGUUGCACACUGUAGGACGGUCACUCAAGAGCAGAUGCGAUUGAACGAGCCUGUGACACGUUUAUUUAUUAGAAGGUUGAAGUAAAUCCCAUGACCAAUAAGAAACUGGAAUUUUCCCCAUUUAACACUUCUCACUACUGGCAGCGUGUGCAAUAAUUUUAAGAGUUAUUUUAGCAGUUACUUAGUACAAUAAUGUUAACUUAUAACCUUACGCCGUGCUCGGAUCUUAGACCUGAGUUUGAGUGGAAUAAUCCUUUAUUACUUGCUGAGGGAAACGACCACAGCGCUGCUCCAUGGACCUAACACCAAACAAGAGGAGCCUGGCGGUUUUCUAAGUUCCCCACGUGAAACCCAUUCAAGACCACAGGAGUCUUUAUUUUAGAGGUUUUUAAAAAGAAGUGGCUGCUGUCCUGUUUUUUAAUUGCCUUUCCCCAUGGAGUUGAUGCGAGAGGGACUCGUGUGGACGCGUAAACGGGUCCCUGGUGAGACUUUAGCGGCCGUCCACAGAGGAGACGAGCAGGAACGUUCCCCGACACCAACAUGGCGCACCUCGCGUGCCUGCACGCAUGCACGCACGCGUGCGAGUGUGUCCAUAUAUUCACACGGGGUCUGAAUUUAGCACCUUUUAAGUGCCAAAUAUUGGACGAAAGGACGCCGGGAGUAACGCUGUGAGAAAGCAACGUUUUAGUUUGUAGGUUUUAUUGUGUUUUGUUGGCGUUCAGGAUCAUUUUACACCUAAUCUGAUGUACCAGUCAGGGAGCAACGCAUAGCUUUUCUACAGGACCGAGCUGAGGAGAGCUGUGUGUGACCACCGCGCGUGAAUCGUUGAGGGUGAACAUUUAUUACUUGACCUGCCCAGUGGAGGUGACAUAGAAGUGCUUUUUCUGACAUUGUAUAUGCAAUAAAUGAGUUUAAUUUAACUGGUUGUAAAGACCGAGCGUCUGACUGCCCCCUGCUCUCAGACCCUUUUAGAUUCUUCUGAUAUUUUAUUUGUAAUUGUUAUCUGAACUUGUACCUUCUCUUUGGUUUUUCAUUCCCAACAUGCCAUGAUUUGUACUGUCUGUGGCUCAGUGUUGCAUUUCUGUAAAUUUGUUAGGACUUGAGAGAAACUGAUUAAAACGAUGCUCAAAACGAA